CUUCAGGAAACACCGGAGGCCCUUGUGAUGACAUCAGCCCGUUUGUGGUGUUGAGUGCAAAAUAAAAAGGGUCAAUCCCAACCUAACCCCUCCCCUCCCUUUCGAGCCUCUUCGGGCUGGCUGUGGGCGCUGCUUGGGGACCCGCCUUCUCCCGGAGAGAACAAAACAACCCUCCUUGCGGAUUUCUGUGCCACGCCAGCUCGGGUGCUUAGAAACAGGACGUCGGAGCGACCAACGCCAGCUUAGCCAGGAUGCCAAACUGGGGUGGAGGCAAGAAAUGUGGCGUAUGCCAGAAAACCGUGUAUUUUGCAGAGGAAGUACAAUGUGAAGGCAAUAGUUUCCACAAAUCCUGCUUUUUGUGCAUGGUUUGCAAGAAGAACCUGGAUAGCACUACAGUGGCUGUGCAUGGAGAAGAGAUCUACUGCAAGUCAUGCUAUGGGAAGAAAUAUGGACCGAAAGGCUAUGGCUAUGGACAAGGAGCUGGGACCUUAAGCAUGGACAAGGGUGAAGCAUUGGGGAUCAAACCUGAAGAAUCUCAUCCCCAUUAUCCAACCAACAAUCCUAAUGCAUCCAAGAUUGCCCAAAAAGUGGGUGGAUCUGAUGGCUGUCCUCGCUGUGGACAGGCUGUCUAUGCUGCAGAGAAGGUGGUUGGGGCUGGGAAGUCAUGGCACAAGGCCUGCUUCCGAUGUGCAAAAUGUGGCAAAGGCCUGGAGUCUACAACUUUAGCUGAUAAAGAUGGAGAAAUCUAUUGCAAGGGUUGCUAUGCCAAGAACUUUGGACCCAAAGGCUUUGGCUUUGGCCAGGGAGCAGGAGCACUUGUCCAUUCUCAGUGAAGAACUAGAUCCCAGCAGCUUUGAAGCAUCCUUCCCAGCACUUAAUGCUUCGCCAGCGCUGAGUUUAUCCAAUCCGAUCCUUAGCAAGAAUAAGGCUAUCUCACCCGUUUGUACGUAUUAGUCAUACAGUAACAACCUGCUGCUCCUUUUUGCUAGAUGGGCAAUCUUUGAGAGGGCCUUGUUCCACAGGUCCUUUGAAACCAUACGGUGGCCUCUCACUUCCCAUGGCUCAUAUUAGAAUAAUGGCCUCCUUUAACAUAUGUUCAUGCUUUUCAGUUUUUGUUGACGUUUCACAUGGCAGCAGACCACGUAGCUGCUUUUGAAUAAUGAAUACUGCAACAGUUGCCUUCCAAAAAAUAUUUUUCCCAAUCUGGACCAGCAUAAAUAAUUCUUGUUAGAAUAUAUUUUUUGAUACUAAAUUACACAGUAACUAUGAUACUAAGUAUUGUGGAAAGUAUAAGUGAUUGUUAUGUGCCUAGGAUGCAAAGCUGCAAAUUAAGAAAUUGCCUAGAAGCACAAUAAAGCACAUUCCUCAAAUUUCAGAGGAAACAUAAAUAAAAAAGUCUUAGCUCUCAAGUUUAACUAAAUGUUGCAUUUUCAACAGAAUAUAUAUAUUAAUAAGUCACUAGUUAAGCUGCUUUUGUACUUUGGUUUGGUAGAAUUCAGUUUGAUUUUCAAAAUUUCAAAGACCAAAUUUCCCAGUUUUUGUAGAUCCAUAUGCAUCUGAGUUUUUUUUAACAUUCCUAAAAUGUUUACGCAUUUAGAGAUAAACAGAAUCUACAACUUUUUCAGAUUUCAUUUUUUUUUUUAGAAAACUGUGAUUGAUGUCCAGUUAGUUGCUGCUUCAUUUUUGCAUUUUUCCACUUAGCUGAAUAAUUAUUAGAUUCACAUAUUGCACUAAGCUGAAGUGUGGUUUGGUUGAUUUUGGCUUGGUAUGAUAUAUAAACCCAACCAUUACCAUUUAGAAAACUUGGCUUUGUGUGAUGUAUGAACCAAACAAAAUAGCCUGUUCAUUUAAAAACAAACCAUCUUAGAUUCUUUGCCUUAGAAUGAUAAAUGAAUCCCUAU